UGUAAGGGGGCUCUAAGGAUCGUGAUAGUCUCAAGGCACUUUGCUCGGAGAAAUAAGUACCUUUGUUGUCGUGUGUACUUUCUGCGUUCGUCAUCUCGCUCAAUUAUCCUCACACUUUUCAAGCUACACCACCCCAGCAAUAUUGAAGGCAUUACAGGCUCACCUUCUACGUUCCGUUCACACUCAGGAUGGGUAUCUUCACUCCCUUAACGUCCCCCCGCGAUCCGCGCUGGCAAGGCAUCCAACACCACCACCACACCAUCUUCCUUGUCAAAAACCUCAUCCUACUCCUCUUCAUCAUCUUUAUUAUUAUCGAAUACAGCCUGUUUAGAAGCUGGUGGAAUCGUGAAUCUAGCACUAGUAUAGAUUACGCUCCAUACUCUUUCGGGCUCCGCAUUGCCUUCGCAUUAAUCCCGGACCUCGUCUACACUAUCUUCGCCCUCGUACUCAUCUUUCAAAAGCCUACUCUCUCCCUCAAAGACCGUACUUGGACUUUCCAUCCUGCGUUUGCUCUCACGUUUUCAAUUAUUAUGUUCGGUCUUUAUGUUGGCGCUACCUUCGUCAACGUGCUCGUAAUUGCCAGCAAUGAAGUCAGUUUCUAUAACAUGAAUACGUGGGACAGCAUUGGGUAUGCCGAGGCUGGGGUCCAGGGUGUGUUGGGAUUGUGCUAUUUGGGAUUGACGGUUUGUGCAUGUGUGGCUGUGCACCGUUGGAGGAUAGGACAGGAAGGUAGCAAAGGCUUUGUGGAGGUUGAUAAUAGAAUGGAGACAGGUAUGAGUAACGUUUGAUUACGAGUGUUCAUGGUUCUCCGUUGAGUGGCAAGCAUAGUCAAGACUUGAUAAGGGUAAACUUAAUGUUUAAUUGACGGAAGGAGGAAUGGACAAAGUAAGUAUAGCGUGAU